AUGUAUAACAUUAAUCUCCAUGACAACUAUAUCUAUUUAUUAUAUAAAAUAAAACAUAAAUUUUCUUUUAUUCAUAAUAAACAUUUAUUAAAUGCUUGUCUUAGUGAAUUUAUUGGUACAUUUAUAUUAAUUACAAUUGGAUUAAGUAGUAUGAUACAUAAUACAUUAAAAUAUAAUUUAUAUUAUAUCAAUAUAUCAAUUGGUUGGUCAAUUGCAUUAUUAUUAUCACAAAUUAUAACUCAACCAUUAGGUUAUAAUAGUUUAAUGAAUCCAUCGAUUACAUUAUCAUUAGCAUUGAUUAAUAAAUUAUCAUUUCAUUAUGGAUGAAAGAAAUGAUAAAAUACAAAAAAAUUAUCGAUUAAUUUAUAUCAUUCUAUUUACAUCUGGACGAAUUACAUCCUUAUCAAUGAAUGCUGGUACAUCAAUUAAUCCAAUACGUGAUUUAGGUCCAAGAAUAACAAUUGCAUUAUGUGAAUUAGGUUUGGAUGCAUUCAAAAAAGAUCAUUAUUAUUUUUGGAUUCCAAUUGUAGCACCAUAUAUUGGUUCUAUUAUUGGUGCAAUAUUUUAUGAAUUAUUAAUUGGUACUUAUUUAAAUAGAAAAACAGUUGAUAAAUUACAAAAUACUAUUGAAAUAUCACAAUCGCGAAUCUUUUCAUCACCAUCAUCAUUAUCAUCAAGUAUGAAUUCAAAUGUAUCAACACUUACCUCGUCAAAUGAUACCACUAAACAUUUUUAUAAUAAAUGAUUUAACAACAAAUGGUUUAUUAAGUAUUAUCUUUUUCUGAUAUAGUGAAUGAGAACACAAGUUGCAUACUUAUUUACUUACUUAAGACUGUUACUCCCAAUGGAGCAUAGGCCACCGACCAACAUUCUCCAACCCACUCUGUACUGGGUCUUCCCUUCUAGUUCCAUCCAAUUCUUAUUCAUUCUUUUCAUGUCUGUCUCCAUUUCUCGGCAUAAGGUGUUCUUUGUUCUUCCUCUUCUCCUUUGGCCUUCAGGAUUCCAUGUGAGGGCUUGUCUUGUAACGAAGUUGGGUGCUUUCCUCAAUAUGUGUCCUAUCCACAUCCAGCAAUUCUUCCUGAUUUCUUCCUCCUCUGGGAUCUGGUUUGUUCUCUCCCACAACAGGUUGUUAAUGAUAAUAUCUGACCAACGGAUCCGAAGUGUUUUGUGUAGACAACUGUUAAUGAACAUUUGUAUAUUCUGGAUGAUGGUUUUCGUAUUCCUCCAGGUUUCCACCCCAUACAGUGGAACUGUGUUGAUAUUUGUAUUGAAAAUUCUGAUUUUAGUGUUGAUUAACAGGCAGUUGUUUUGAGUUCCAGAUGUUUUUCAGUUGUAAGUGUGCUGCUCUUGCUUUUCCGAUCCGUUCCUUCACAUCUGCAUGAGAUCCACCGUGCACAUCAAUGAUGCUGUCCGGAUAUGUGAAUGUAUUUGCAUUUUCCAAAUCUUCUCCUUCAAGUGUAAUUCGAUUGGUGCAUGCUGUGUUCUAUCGGAGAAUCCUAAUUUUCCCUUUGUGUAUGUUGAGACCUACUGCCGCUGACGCUGCUGCUAUACUAGCCGUCUUCUCCUGCAUUUGUUUUUGCGUGUUGAGAACAUAAGUGGGGAUAAUCAAAUGUAUUUGAAUCUCUUCGUAAAAUCUGUGAAUCAUACAGUGAAUAUUUCAUAUGAAAAAUAUAAAUUAAUCGUCUCAAAAUUCAUUGUUCUUUCAUUUCCAUACUAAUCAUUCUUUGUUCUCAUUCGCUUUUCUUCGAUCUUCUUAACCUUCUACCACCAGGUAUAUCACAUUGGAUUGAUGGUACAUACUACUUAUAUCUAUCAAUAUCAGUAGUACAUACCACAAAAGUAUAUGAAAUGUUAAAUAAACCAAAUGAACUAAUUCUGUAUACUGUUUAGACAGUGUAAAAGUUUCUUCUAGUUCCAAUUUGGCUUAAGCGGAGACAGAAUAUUUUUAAAAAAUGUGGUUAAAAACACUCUAAAAAAGAAAGUCACCAAUGUAGCUUUAAAGUUGAAUGAUAAAACUAUACAACAAAAUUGAUUUGUCAAACGACUUUUCUGAAUACUUUAAUGAUGACUAAUGAGGACGUUCUACUGAAUCUGAGUCUUCUUAAACUUCUGUUACCAGUUUAUAGAUCAUGAAUAUUGAAUUAAUACUGUGUGACAGAUUCAAUCUAUUGGAGUUAAUAUACAUUGUGUUGUAUUAGAAGAUUCCUCACAAUUGUUCGUAAACAGAAUUUACCAUUGGAAAGGACAGGAGGCUUAAUGGCCUGUGUUAAUCCUGGCAAUCAUGGUCUUUCAGUUAAUCCAACUUUUGUUUUGAAAGAAUCGACGAAUGAAGCCUCAACCACGUCUUCAUAUAAUGAAUUCUACUUACUGAUGAUUCGAUUUGGAAAGUCGAUGGACUUGUAAACAUUUUUCUGGCGUGUCCUCUUAAAUCAUUGAUUGAGAUCAUGAAUCGAUCGAUGUUAGACCACCAUUGAAAACCUGGUAGCACUGGACGGCCGUUUCGUCCUAUUGUAGGACUCAUCAACAGUGCUCCUCCACGAUCCUGCUGGCGGGAUUCGAACCCAAGGCAUUCACUCUCGUGAGCGAACGCCGGCAUCCAAUAGUGUUAAUGUCUAACCUCAUCCAAUUCUCGUAAAUUCUGUUUUGGAAGAUAAGAAAAAUGAGAGUAUAUCAGGGCAUAUCAUUCUAUUCUAAGAUUGAAAUUUCAUAACAUUUAUUCAUUAUUUAAAGCUUAUUCAUUAAUUAAUUUAAAUAAAACAAAUGUAUACCAUAUUAUAAGGUGUCAUUAGUAUUUCUUUUCAAAUCUAUCUGACUAACUAAAGAGAUUGUCAUUUAAACAAGUUUUUUCAUUCAAUGAUAUUCAUGAUUUGACAUGUUCCAUUU